CAACGCAGAGAAUUAUUUAUUGAUUGCAUGAAGAAGUUUUGUGAUAUAUAUGUUGAAUAUCCGGAAAUUGUUGGAGAAAGCUUAGAAAACGUAACGACAUUCACUGACAUAGUAUCAAAACACUUGGCAAGCACAAUAAAAUCUAUCGUUAUCCCUGGAUCACAGGCGGAGACAAGCAAGGCGAUUAUGCGGAUGUUCGCUUCCAAACAGCAAUUAUUUUACCCGUUAAUGGCUCUUAAUUUAUUAUGUAAUGGUCCUAAUUACUUACUGGAAACGAUGAAAGAGAACGAGCUUCCUGCUAUAUUAAUAAGAACAUAUAGCUCAUUCACGACACUGCCGUCGCAUCCAAGUUGGAAUCUAAUCGAAUUAUAUAGGGGAGGAACUGAAAGAGUUAUUCAAGGCGUAGCUCCAGCAGGCGUAGUGGCAGACAUUCUUACCGAUAUACUUGUUCACUUUGUCACCAAAUCAUCUGUUCUAAAGUACUACAUGGAAAAGGACAUACUAUUUUUGCUUGUAAAAAUGAUAUUGGAUGCUGAAGAUGACCCGUCAAAAAAUAAAGAGGAGUAUUUCUGGCAAGACAAAGCAUUGGAAAUCCUUACCGAAUUAUUUUCCUCUGAUGCUGUUAAUGGAGCCCUUGUAACAUAUUUUGAAAAAAAAGAUAUUAUUGCCAAGCUAAUUGAAGUUGUAAGCGAUGGCAUAGACAAAGAUAGAAAUAAAUGCGUCGCAAGCCAAAAACAACUACUUGCUGCUUCUUUGUUAAUUGAAUCAAUACAGGGUACUGUUGAAGCCUCUACCAUCUUUUUGGACAAGUUUGUCGAAUUGAGUGGUUAUGAUAUGUUCUAUCGACUGCUUAUAUUACCGCCUUAUGAGGGAAAGUCUUUAUCAGUCAAGGGCGCAUUUAUAGGCUUUGUAGAAGACCUUGCGUUUGCCGGAGUGGAUGAUUCGAGCCUAAUGGUGUCUACCACAUCUCCAUAUCAGCACGAUGACUUUACAUUACCCGAAAGCCAGCAAGACAACGGUACACUGGUUCGCAAUGCCGCUGCUAUGCAGAUUUUGACAUCGAUUGUUCUUUAUCCUGAGCAAUCGUUCAACAAAAGGGAACCAGUUGAUACUUCAUAUGCCUUACCGGACAGCUACCGAAUGAAGGCUGUUGCUGCGGUAGCAGAAGUCCUUAAAGCAAAUCCAUCAAACUUUUUUUUGACAGAAUCUUUGAACUUUUUACCGACUUUUAUCGAGCAAUUGGAUCGAUUCUCUUCAGAUCUUAAGGCAGCAAUUGUUGAUUUGUUGAUAUACGUUAUGGUCGAACUGAAUUACGUUCCCUUUAGAGAAUUAAUUGUAUUGUCGCUUCAUUUCCAGGGCCACUCAUCGAAAGAUACAACAGCCACUGUGUGUCAUGCAGUGAUUUCAUUGCUGCGAACCUCGCAUAAGUUUCAAGAUAUGUUUCGCGAAAUCGGUCUUCUCAACAUGUUAUGUAAUUUAAUACAAGAAUUGGCUGUCACUCUAAAAGACAGAUUUGGUGAUACACAUUUCCAAAGGCGGAUAUCGAUAUCUAAUAUAAGCGAUAUAACGAGUAAUCAGAAGGAAAUCGACAAGCGAAAUUCACGCUUUAGUCCGGAUGUAGUUGAUAACUUUCAGUUAAUUUCAGAGUGUUUGGUGGAUUUACUACGAGGAAACAAGACGAACAUUUCGCUCUUUGGAACUACAUAUAAGGGAAAUUUAUUUGAUUUAUUACACUACGAUGAAACACGCGCUGGCGCUUUGGCAACAUUCGAGGUGUUGGUUGUUGACGGCCAUCGACUGUCUACAGCGGAAACGUCGACGUCCCAAUUAACUUCUAGGUCUUCAGUAUCAUCUACUUCCGCGGUUGAACACUCUUUCCAAUUCGGUAGAUUGAUUGAAAUUGUGCAGACACUCAAUCGAUUUGAUCUGAAUAUGAAAAUACAUAUACUGUUAUCGAUGAAACGCAUCCUUGUGGCUUGUCCUGCUAUGAAAGAUGUAUUCCGUGAUGCUGGAGGUUUUGUUUGCUUGGUCAGCUUGCUCGUUAGUCUGGAAGAUGUUUAUGAUCAGCUAGCUAAACAAGACGCUGGUAUGAAAAGAAACAACAUUAGCAUCGGGGAAGAGUUACCUACUAAGCAGCAAACCGUCGAUACGCUUCGUGCUAUAUUUGUUGUAUUCGCUGAAGCUCUUUUGGGUCACGAAUACAAUCGAAGAUUUUUCUGCGAGUCUAUUGGGUUCAAGUCUGUAGAGGAUGCUAUUCGUCUCACCAAUAUCUUGGGUCCUCAAGGUUCUGCCGAGAAUCUGUUUGGGAUAUUAUUUGGUUUUGCAAUAGUGAACGAAUCGUUGAGCAAUAUUUUCAUUGAGAGAACAGCCGUUGAUGACCGUCCUCCUGAGCAUAAAAGUCGAGACGACCCUCGCGACAGUAGAAUUAUCGAGGCUUUUGGAAAUAUUACCGAUGAAAUUCAGAAUCCAGAAGUGAUACCGACCAUUCUCCGAUUACAAUCUUUUGUCAGGUACAACGAACAAUUAACGCACAACAUUUACGAAGCUCUUCUGGCUCUCGCAUUUGCCAAUAGACGCAACCAAGUUUCUAUGAAUCAGUGCGGAGUCCUUGAAAUCGUCCUGCGUCGACUCUUUUACACGUCAGAAACUGUUAUUGAGGGAGGGCGUGAAGUGGUCUUUGAGCCAAACGCAAAAGAACGGUUGAUGCUUACACGUCUGGCACAAAGACUUAUAGAGAUGGGCGUUUCGACCAUAGAAAUCCGCUUUUUGUUUGAACAACUCGAAAAUGGGCAACAGAAAUCUGAAAACAUUUUUGUAGAUGUGGAUGGGUCUCCUAUGUCACUAAUGGACAUGGUUCUUUAUGGAGUUCAGAGAAGUCGAUGGCCACGUUUUGUGCAAUUUGAUAUGAAUCCGGUUGGCUUUUCUUGUCUGGAAAUGUCUCGGUUAACAGACAGGCAGUUUCCACCAAGUAGUGGUGGAUAUUGUUUUAUGACAUGGCUGGACAUUGAAAACUUUGAUCCACUUAUAAAUUUGAUCAUUCUCGGCCUAAGCGACGAUGAGAAAAAAUGUUAUUUGCACGUUUUCAUUGACACUCAAUCUAAAAAACUCACAGUACAAACUUCACCCAAGCAUGCUGUUCGCCUUGAAGGGUUUGAAUUUCGUUCGGGAUGUUGGUACCAUAUCGCUCUAGUUCAUCAUAGACCUCGUCUUGCCUCAGCUUCCACUCUGUCUUUAUAUGUUGAUGGAAAAUUCGUAGAGGUCGUAAGGUGUCCUUACUUGGGUCAACCAGCACCCAAUAAAGCGAUUCGGACAUUUUUAGGCACGCCACCUGAUGUUGCUCGACAAUUGGGUAAGACUAAUUCCACUCUCGCUUGGGAUAUGGGGCCAACUUAUCUAUUCGAAGAAGAUGUCGAUGGAGACGUAAUCAGUGUGUUUUAUCAUUUGGGGCCUCGCUACACGGCCAAUUUCCAGGCUUCUCUAGGUCAAUUUCAGACAUAUCAAACGUCGACACUACUCAACAUGCGAAUCGAUGCUUUGAGUCAUAAGCGCAAAGAUAUGGGAACAGAACUGGAUAAUUUGGCCAUGGUGAAUGCAAUACGCGGUAAUAACAGCCAGACGUUACCCGAAGAGAAAAUAGUGUUUGCAUUCUCUGCAGGGAAUAUAUUAAUAUCCGGUCAGAAUCUCGGUAUCACUGGUGCCGGUCUCUCUGAAAGCACGAUACAAACUUUGACCAUAGGCUCGGUGAACAGAAAACUCAUAAUUAACGCCGCUGUACCAAAAAUAGAACGUGCACUCAGAGUCGGACACGGGACGGCUUAUUUAAAGGGUGAUCCAAUUAUAGCAACUCCUCAUGGGAUGGAUGAUUCGGUUUGGAAGAUUGGUGGCUCUGCCGUGGUCUUGAGGUUAAUUGAAAGAGCAGAAACGACGAAAGAAUUAUACAAGGCAGUUUGUAUUCUCAUCGAACUUAUUAGAUUCAGUUGGCGUAAUUCAGAAGACAUGGAGAGGAUCCAUGGUUAUGAAAUACUAGCGUAUUUACUCAGACAAAAGCAAGAAUUAUUAACGCUAGAGAUAUUGAACGUCCUGUUAGUCUUUGUUGGAUUAAACCCAGUUAAUCCAGCUGAUUCAGUCAUAAUCAAUCCGUUGGCUUACCGAUAUCUCAUGCUCGACUUUGAGCUAUGGAAAAAUGCCGACGAAGUUGUUCAGAAAGCACACCUUCAGCAAUUUGCUACGUUUAUUCAGUUAAGUCAGCAUCACCAAUUCAAUGCUAAAAGAUUGAAUAAAAUGCAUGUUGUCAAGAAGAUGUUGGUAGCUUUGAAGAUAAACGUAUACUCUAACGAGUUGUUGAAUGAGUUCAUAGCUAUAUUAAAGAUUGUAAUCAAGCACAAUUUUACGACUGAAGUCGUUAGAUCAAUUGCCACGUUCCUAGUGUCUUCGUUAAACAGGCCAUCGCCAACUCGUAGAAAUACCCGUCGUGAUCCUCUCCUCAAACGCAGUGCGACAGUCAGUGUACACAAAGCAAGCGAUACCAGCAGAGCGUUACCAAAGACUAUAAUCACAAACGUGAAGACUCUCGAAGCAGAAGUACCAGCACGGAAAGUUGGAAAUUUGUUGAUGGAAAUGCUCGCAGACAUAAUAUGCGAUAAACUGAACCCAUUCUUUGCUAAUAAAUUUUCUGUGACGAUAACUAACAAAUGGCCAUUACUCUUCUUUGACGAGGCCUCGAAUCCGUUUUGGGUUGUUUGUGCAGCUCGAAUUUUAGCCAGGCUUUUCUACACGCAAGGACCAAAUUACAUAUCAAAAUUUCGAACUUCAUCAGAUGGUUUUAUCGUUAUGCAAAGACUUCUUCCAAAGUGGUGGUAUCUGACGCAGCUACAGCAAGCUCUAUUUGCCAUGUUGUUUGGUAUAGACAUUUGUGAUAUUCCAAUGGAAGCCCCGUUUGAUCUAUUCACAUUAUUGACUCAAUUCGGUCCAAAGGCUAAUCGAUCUGGUGGACAGACUGUCAUCAUUUGCGCUGAUAUCAUGCCCACUAUAUUACUUAUUAUGAAAGAAGGCGUUAAUACCGUGGUCCGGCUCAGUCAAGAGGCAGAAAAAGAUAUGAAUGCAAGGGGUAGAACGCGCGAUGAUACAGCAAUUCAGAAGGAUAAACGGGAAGAAAAAAUGAGAAAACGACAAUCGCGAUCUCUCACUCGGGAAUUUGAAGCAGUCAUGGGGAAAAUGUCGGGCUUUCUUGCAGCUGAGCGAGAAAGGGAAGCUGGAAAAGAAAGCUUGUCAAAGUUAUCCCAUGUCGAACAAACGCUGGUGCAUUUUCUUGCAGAUAUGAAUUCCAAUUCGCACGAGUUCAGUGAAUUCUGUUCAAGAAAUGAAAUCCUUGAUGGUCUAAUCGAUAUACUCUUUCCCAUUGUCUGCGCAUCGGAAGAACUACCAAUUGAGUCAGAGUUAUUUUCUAAGGAUAUGUCAUUGUCGUUUGGUGUAGACGUAUCCCUAGAGGGCAGUAAUAUAUAUAGUCUUAUCCCUAUCUUAUCGAACAUCCGGCAACCAAAAACGAACAAUGAUGAGCCUGGCGAAGAGAUGACAACCUUUUCAAGUGGAACUCAAUUAUUGAUGACAGCCGAACCGAUAAAUGUGGACUCCCUUGGCAUUCCGUUUAGCACAAGUCCUAUGACAAGCGAUGUAGAAGAGGUAUCAAAACCACAACCACGUAGAAAAUCAACCAGAGAUUCUAUAAAGAAAGAGUCUGAUUAUACCGCUUUGAAGAAUGCUACAGUCGAAGGUCUCUUGGAAUUUGUGGUAUCUAUCUGUGUUAAUUCGAUAGUCGAUGUUAAAGCGAAAUCUCUCAGUGCACUGGAGACUGUGUUUAAAUCGUUCCCACCAGCCAGUUUAGAUAACCAGAUACAUUUUGCAAGCUAUGUAUUUAAUCAUGUAAUUGGAAGUUUGAAGAGCACUCUACAGUUAGAUAGAAAUCUGCUACUAGAUUCACGCAUUGUUACAAAUACUGCUAAAUUUAUUCAUCUUGCAGUGGAUGCCAUAUAUCAAGGUUGGUUCGUCAAUGGACGUAACCAAAUUCUUGAUUUCAUCACAAUUGUUCUCGAGAACAUACAACGUCUUGACGACGCAAGUGGUAGAGUCCGCGUGAACGAUACUACCAUAACAGCGAUAUACCGUUCUCUUAAUCGGGUGGUUUUGUUCCGAAUGGCCGGAAUUGAUAAUGCGUCUGGAGAUAGCAUGCAUAUAAAUGAUUUACUUGAGAAAAUCAUGUACCAUCAAAAAGUGAUAUUUAGUCAUCACAAUACGGAUAUUGAUUUUCUCAAAUCUAUCUGUUAUCAUCUGUACAAAUGCUUGUUGCAUGAGGAUCAGAACGUGAAGAGGACUUCGAUGAGUGUUUGGAAGCUAUUAAUGUUGCAAAAGCCGGUAGAGAUGUCGGGUAUUCUGAAGACUAGAAUAAAAGGAAUAGAAUACAAGGAACUUGUAGAAGGGUUUGCUAAACUUUUGGAGACAAAGGAACUUAAUUCGUUUUUGGAAUGGAUUGGUACCCGCCGCGAGCAGUUGGAUGCAUUGUUCCUGGAUAACAUCUAUAAAACUUGGGAGAAUAUUAUAACGUCAGAAGUGAAGACGGGCAGAGAUACGAUAAAAAACUCUCAUACCAAACGUAUGACCAAACUCAAGCGACUCUAUCGGAAGUCCUCCAGCGAGCUAGAUUUCUUCAAUCAAUACAGAGUCAAAACAAACCAAUGGGCAAAAAAUAUCCAGGAAUUGGAAACAAGUCGCUAUUAUAAAAACCUUCAAGAUCAUGUGGAUCAUGACAAUUAUGUGAGGGCGGAGUGGUCCAAGACGUCUGCUGACUUAUUUAGAGAGCGUGCUUUAUGGAGCUCUAAGACGGAUGAGGGCAAUGUGAGGUGGAGGUUAGAUUUUACCGAAGGGAAAUGCCGAAUGCGAAAGAAAUUGGAGACAAACGAUGAAAUACAGAUUUACUCUUAUAAACCGAAGAGCAGUAAAAACGCUGAUGACGCUAAUAAAUCAAAGCCUUCAAACCUUACUACGAUUAACACUUCUAAAGUAACCAGAUUCAGUAAAAAACAGACUCUCGAUGUACCACAAAGCCGCUCAAAACGAGGAAAAGUCUCUAUCGAACGCAAAAUGACAUUGACGCCUCGUCCUAGUGAUUUGGAAAAUACGCCAGCUCAACGAACCAAAGCAGAUGAGUCAGAAGAGGACGAGGACGAGGACGAUGAUGAAACUGAGUUUGAGGAAGACAAGAAUCGUAAAGUACUGCGAUCGUUGGAACAUGGUGAUUCUGUAUUAGAUAUCUUCAACAUAAGUCGAAUCAUGGGACUGGAUGCCUGUGAGGGCUUGUUAUUACUCUGCAAACAGAACUUAUAUUUGAUGGAUAAUUAUUUUCAAAGAUCUGAUGGAGAAAUCGUUGACGUUUGGGAUGCACCCACCGAGGAAAGAGAUCAAUAUUUGCAAAUGAUUGCAUCGCAUGCCAGUUAUGGUAAUCAACCAGGCAACAAUCCAAAGAAGGAUAAACAUCAAAGCCGCCGAUGGGCGUUCGAAGAUAUUAAAGAAGUACACAAAAGGAAAUUCUUAUUCAGAGAUGUUGCUCUGGAAAUCUUCUUCAAUGAUGGACGUAACUAUCUUAUCACCUUCAAUCUCAAAGAACGUGACAUCGCUUACAGCAAAUUAGUAGCACGUGCUACAUUCUCCAUCAGCGCAGCAGAGUCUGUCAUGGGAACAACCAGUAUCGAUGCAAAAACUCCAGUUUCUCCGUUGCAGAUUGGCCCAACAACCGGAUUAAUGUCCAUAUUUCCUAAUUUCUUUGCUAACUCCUCAUUGACUGAAUUGACACAACGAUGGGAGAGGAGAGAAAUUAGCAAUUUUCAAUAUCUAAUGCACUUGAACACCCUUGCUGGGAGGUCUUAUAAUGAUCUUACGCAAUACCCCGUCUUUCCUUGGAUUCUUGCUGAUUACACCAGUGAAGAGUUUGACCUAACAAAGCCCGAAACGUUCCGUGACUUCUCCAAGCCCAUGGGAGCUCAAACACAAGAGCGUCAGAAGGAAUUCCAAAUUAGAUAUCGCUCAUGGGAUCCAACAAUCAAUGGAACGACCCCGGCCUUCCACUAUGGCACCCAUUAUUCAUCUGCGAUGAUCGUUUGUUCUUAUUUAAUACGACUUGAACCAUUUACACAACAGUAUCUUAAGCUCCAAGGCGGACAUUUUGACCAUGCGGAUCGAUUAUUCCAUUCGAUUGGCAAAGCAUGGCUAUCUGCUUCACGAGAGAAUAUGAGCGAUGUUAGAGAAUUAAUUCCAGAAUUCUUUUAUCUUCCAGAGUUUUUGGAGAACACGAAUAAGUUCAACUUUGGUGUUAAACAAGCAAGUGGAGAAGUCAUUGAUUCGGUGAUUCUUCCGCCAUGGGCGAAAGGAGAUCCACGAGUAUUUAUUCACAAGCACCGUGAGGCUCUUGAAUGCGACUAUAUUAGCGCUCAUCUGAACGAAUGGAUUGAUCUUGCCUUUGGAUAUAAACAACAAGGACAAGCAGCUAUUGAUGCUGUAAACGUAUUUCAUCAUUUGUCAUAUGAUGGAGCUGUUGAUCUUGACUCGAUAACGGAUCCAGUUGAGAGAUCAGCGUCAACUGGAAUAAUCCAUAAUUUUGGUCAGACUCCACGACAACUGUUUACGAAGCCACAUCCACCGCGUUUGCCCGAAACAUCUGAUUCUGCUAGUGGCAAUGGCCUCUAUAGCCUAUAUGAACAUGUUGAUAAGCUUAUUCAGUCAAUUACCCCCGUUCAAGAUAUUCGACUACAAGUCCACGAUAUUCGGUUGUCUAACGAUCGAUUGGUGUCUGUGAGUACACAAAAGAUCCUUGUGCCUCCAAACUAUAAUUACUACAUCGAAUGGGGAUAUGCAGACAACAGUCUUCGGCUGCAUCAAACGGAUACAAAGAGGAUGGUUGGUUUAUAUGAGAAUCUUCACUUGGAGACUAUAAGCUGUGCAUCAUUCGCGGAUGGACAAACUUUUGUCACUGGAGGAACCGAUGCGGUUGUCUGUAUAUGGAGAUUCAAUUGGCAAUCAAAGACAGCACGACUUCAUUUCUUAGAGUGUUUACGCGGUCAUUCUGCCAAAGUUAACUGCUUUGCUACUUCCCGUUCAUAUAGUAUUAUUGUCAGUGGAUCUGAUGAUAAGUCUUGUAUCAUAUGGGAUCUGAAUAGAAUGAAAUACGUUAGGCAGCUGAAGGGACAUGAAACUGGGGUACAGUACAUAGCAAUAAACGACACGACUGGCGAUAUUGCAACUUGUUCCGGCUCAACAAUACGGAUAUGGGGCAUCAAUGGAGACUUAAUAGUAACCAAAUCAAUAUCAAGCGUGUCUGGGCCUAUCACGUGUUGUACUUUCUACGAGGGCAAGAGUAAUGAAUGGUUCAUACACGAUAUGAUUCUAACGGGCCACAAGAAAGGAAUCAUAAAGGUCUGGCACAGGAAGCUCGAAGAAAAAAUAGAAAAUGACAAGAAGGUUUGGAGAUGGGAUCUUAUGCCUCGACAUCAUUUACAGCACGAAAGUAGGCUCGGUAUGAUUCAGCCGGGAGAUGUUACCGUCUUACAUGCAUCAGGUACCCAACGUACGUUAUACAGCGGAUGUAGCAACGGUAAAGUGUUUGCAUGGGUUUUACCCGAUGCCAAAUCAGAUGGUCACUGGAUGCCAGACAGCGCCACCGAUAACUGUUUGAAAUGCGGAAUGAAAUUCGCCGUUCUUGCGUAA